AUUCAGUGGACCUGUUCCUGAACGGUAAAAGUGGAGCACGGCUUGUUCGACCCAAGCGAUAAAACGUAAGUUCCAUCAUUCUCUGGUGUGGCUAAGUGUAUGGCUGCAUGGCUAUCUCCACUAGAGGUUUCUUAUUGGAGACAGUGGUGUACAGGGACCAACUGGGAAAACAAUGACUUCUCGACGUCAGGAACAAAGAGGGUUACUUUAUGAGAGGUCCUCUGGGGCAACGUCACCCGACUACAGCGUGUCUUCGAUGGAGGAUGUAGACAUCUCACAGCGCCCAUCAGUUACCACUGUGAAGACCUUUGGCGUGGUGGCAUGUAUCCUGGUCACCGAGAUGUGCGAGAGGCUGACGUACUACGGUGUCAGCGGGAACCUGGUUCUGUUCUGUACAAGUGUUCUCAAGUUCACCAGCCAAGACGCUACAAGUGUUCAGCUUGUGUUCACAGGCACAUCCUAUCUGUUCCCCGUCAUCGGCGGCUACGUGGCCGACUCUGUCGCUGGUCGCUUCAACACAAUCCUCGGAUCCUGCUUCAUCUACAUCCUUGGGUUAUUCCUGCUGGCGGCGUGCUGUGCUGACUAUGUGGCGUGGUUUGGUCAAGACGAUGCAGGUCUUGCCUAUGACCUGAGUCUGGAAGCCAAACAAGCCUAUUUCUUGCUCGGCCUUGUCCUGGUUGCCAUGGGGACGGGUGGAAUUAAGGCCAAUGUUGGUCCAUUCGGUGCUCAGCAGGUCAAAGACCAGGGUCCGCUUGCAGUGCAGACAUUCUUUAAUUGGUUUUACUGGUUUGUGAAUCUGGGCGGUCUGAUUGCCUACACCGCUGUGGCGUAUGUACAACAGAACGUCAGCUUUGCCUGGGGCUACCUCAUCCCGCUGAUCAGCAUGGCUCUUGCCGUGGUUAUAUUCAUGGCGGGAAAGGGACAGUAUAUUCACGUCCCACCUGGAGAGAGCGUUCUGUCGACUUCCGUCAGUGUCUGCUGUCAGGGUUGCUCCUGUCACUCACCGGAAGAGGAAGAACGGCCUUCUUUGUCUUCUGCUCGUACCAAAUAUGGCGGCAGAUUUGACGACCACACAGUCGAUGGGGUGGUAGCCGUUUUGAGAAUUCUUCCUAUAUUUGCUCUGCUAAUUGGAUAUGCUGCAAUAUACGCACAGAUGCAGUCCACAUUUUUCCUGCAAAGUGAACGUAUGAGUGUGAAGGUCGGAGGAGGGGCGAUACCGGCAGCCAUGUUAAAUAUCUUCAACACAAUCAUCAUUCUGUUGUUGAUACCCCUGAUGGAUAGACUGGUGUAUCCGUGCUUCACUCGGUGCGGUCGUCCGCUCACAUAUCUACAGAAAAUGGGUUUCGGUCUGGUAUUCUCAGCGAGUUCUGUAGCUGUUGCGGGUAUAUUAGAGAUCUACAGGAAGCAGAAUCUGGCCUCAACCGGAGGAGUCGUUCAGACACUGGGAGGCGAAAAGUUCAACGCCUCUCAGCUAUCAGUUCUCACCCAAAUACCACAGUUUGCCCUGGUCGGGUCAGCAGAAGUCUUCACAAGCAUUCCAAGUCUGGAGUUCGCCUUUACUCAGGCACCUCCGUCCAUGCAGGGGCUGCUGACGGGGGUGUUCUACGCCGUCAUGGGGCUGGGGAACUACGUCGCCACGCUCAUCCUCGCGAUCGUCAGCGCAGCUACAGCUGAUGAUCCCUGGUUUCCGAACGAGUUAAACUAUGGACACGCCGAAUACUUGUUCUUCCUCCUGGGAGGUCUCAUGUUGUUGGAUCUGAUGUUCUUUGUUCCCGUAGCAAGACGGUAUAAGUAUGUCACGCCAUCACUGGAAGCGGAAGUAACAGUCACGUCGACACACACAGAGGAAGAAAAGCCCCUUCUGAAGUCUGGUGAUAGAUCUGUAUAUGGGUCGACAAAACUAUGAUUUUUAAUUCAUUAAUGCAAUAAUGACUGCCUAUUCGUGGCAUCAGUGCCUUAAGGAUCAUGUUUUUGAUGUGAUUGGAUGAGGUGAGUUGCGCGGAGCUCAAAUUGUGAACCAAGCAUCGACACAUCACACAUUUAUCGCUGUUCCCUGAACAGCUUUAUCACUGUCUGUAAGCUUAUUUGAUGGAGCCACGAAGGUGUAAACAUUACCUCUUCAGUGAAACCCAUGAUCUCCGACUUGUGCGUAUAUAUUAAACUCUAAAACUGAUGGUAAACGAAAUCAUUCACAAAUACAUGUCUGUUUAUGCCACGAUUCCUGUUUGUUAUAUAGCUAUGUACAUAGCAAAACAGUAUUAAGCUAUAGAGGUUCAUGACUUUGUUAGCGGCAUAUCUUAACCUAAUGUAUUUAAGGCUACGUGAGCCCUCUGGCAUUGAUGAGUGAGUGAGUAUGGUUUUACGCCGCUUUUAGCAAUGUUCCAGCAACAUCACGGCGGAGGACACCAGAAAUGGGCUUCACACAUUGUACCCAUGUGGGAAAUCUAACCCGGGUCUUUUGCGUGAGGAGCGAACGCUUUUACCACUAGACUACCACUGACAUUGAUGGAUGUGGUGACCUGAUAUGUGUUAUACUUACAUCUUGGCUACUUGUCUAGUUUGCAUAAACAAUCAAAACCCUUGUGUCUAAGUUGGAAAUGCUUCGAGUUAUCCGAGGCUCGACACAACCGAAACUGAUUAAUAAAGAUGUAAUACGCAGGGACCAAACUUAUACUGCGAAACAACCAAAAGCUCGACUUAUGUAAGUUCGAGACAACGGUGUUUGACUGUCCAUCUUUAUGAUAUGCCUUAUUUCACCUGUUGUGCUUUUGGUUACACGGAAUUUGGACUAUAUGUCAAGCAGGAGAAGUUAUAUAUAAAAAUAUAAAACCUGUUUAGUUGAACCGCUGAAACUAUUUACCUAAAUUAUUUCAGCAUAUUUUAGGUUAGUAAGUACAUCCACGGUGUACUUCGUGUUUCACAUACACGUUCACUCACAUUAAUUUUACGAGGAAUUUUAACCUGGGAGUCGACACUUGCGUUUAUUUCUUGAUGUAUCAAUUUACAUUUAAUUUAAAUUCUAUUUAGUUUUAUGGAUAUGAAUGUAUGUUGAAUGUAUAUUUAAAUAAGUGAUGUUUUCUGACAAUCCUAAUUUGAUGAAGUUAUAAAAGAGGAAAAUGAAUAUCCGUCCCCUGAGGCUGUACACAGCUGUGGUAGUGUGUAUGUUUAUACCAGGCUACUAUACUCAGGGGUAGAUCUGCUAGGUUAAGAUACAGCUGGAAUAAUGACGGACGGAAUACCUCCAGUCGCGUCAUCCAAUUCUUGUGAUCUGAUGUGUAACUGUCUUUUUCGUUGAUUUACAGAAUAAACGAACUGGUAAUGUUA